GGCGUCAUGGCCUCAAGGUUACUUCGCGGAGCUGGAGCGUUGGCCGCCCAGGCCCUGAGGGCCCGCGGCCCCAAUGGGGUGGCCGCCGUGCGCAGUAUGGCGACUGGAGGCGGCAUCCCUACGGACGAAGAGCAGGCGACGGGGCUCGAGAGGGAGAUCAUGUUGGCCGCACGCAAAGGGCUGGAUCCAUACAAUAUGCUUGCUCCAAAGGCAGCCUCAGGCACUAAAGAGGACCCUAAUUUAGUCCCCUCCAUCACCAACAAGCGAAUCGUGGGCUGCAUCUGUGAAGAGGACAACAGUGCUGUCAUC